AUGGCAUCCGUUCUUGUAGUGUUUCGCAGGCGCUGCGGUCCUUGCCUGGCUUUGUUUGAGUUAGUUACCAUUCUACUCGUUUAUCAUGUUAUUUAUCACGUGAGAGAAAAGCAUAGAAGAGAAAUAAGAUUCCUGACGUACAACAUUUGGAAUUCCCCUUUAAAGAUGCGAGAUAGGAUGGUAGCACUCGGGGAAAUUGUACAGGAUCUCGAGCCAGAUGUUAUCACAUUUCAAGAAGUCACGCUAGCCAACCUGGCAGUUCUGAGAGAACAGCGCUGGUUUUCUCGCUACCACCUUAUUCCUCAAGUCGUUUUUAAAUCCGAUGGAAAACAUUUUGUCAUUAUUUUGAGUGUUUUUCCUGUUGAGAAAUGGCUAGUUCAUCCAUUCUCAAAUUAUAACGAUUCUACAUCGGACCGAAGACUUGUUUUCGCAGAAGUAAAGAACACCAUUCCUUCUUCAGAUGUUAUUUUUGGCUUUGCAGGAACACAUUUGGCAUAUCGUCGCUUCGACUCUAUUGAACGCGAACAACAGUUGAAAGAAUCAUUUCACAUUAUCUCUCCUAACGACAACGUUUGUGUCAUGGGAGAUUUGAACAUCAAUGAUAAUAUUGAUGGCGAAGUUGUGCUGCCACCGGGUUGGUUUGAUGUUUGGCUAUUGAUAUCAGGAAAUUUCAACAGAAAUGGGUUCACGUACGAUCGGGAAAAAAUUUCAAUAAUGAAAGGUCCUGCAGUUAAUGCAAAGAGUCACAAGGCGCGCUAUGAUCGUGUCUUUUGCAAGCUUUUGGAUUUCAAGGUUAAAGAAAUGAGAAUUGUUGGCGAUGAGGUGACAAGAACCGGUAUAUUUCCUAGUGAUCAUUUCGGUCUAUUUGUUGUCAUUCAACACAUUGAGAAACCUGGACAUGAAAAACAGAAACAAACAUCACAAACUCUGAAUCAAGUUUAUUUUAAGAGACCAAAAGGCUGGGAAAAAUUAAUUAAGUGA